ACGCACCGGGGGCGCACAUUGCGCAUGCGUCGUUUUGCGGGGCCUCUGCCGAUUCUUUUUCCUCUCUCCCUAACAUGGACGAACUGGCGGCUGAGCUGGGCGCUGCCACUCCGGAGCAGCUGGCGGCUCCUAUAAACACCGUGGAGGAGAAAUGGAGACUGCUUCCAGCAUUUCUGAAGGUGAAAGGACUUGUAAAGCAGCACAUAGAUUCAUUCAAUUAUUUCAUCAAUGUAGAGAUUAAAAAAAUCAUGAAAGCCAAUGAGAAAAUUACAAGUGAUGCUGAUCCAAUGUGGUACUUAAAAUAUCUCAAUAUUUAUGUGGGUACGCCAGAUGUUGAAGAAAGCUUUAAUGUAACAAGACCUGUUUCUCCUCAUGAGUGUCGCUUGAGAGAUAUGACUUACUCCGCCCCAAUUACAGUGGACAUUGAAUAUACUCGAGGUAGUCAGAGGAUUAUUCGCAAUGCAUUACCUGUUGGCAGGAUGCCAAUAAUGUUGCGAAGCUCCAACUGUGUUCUUACUGGGAAAACGCCAGCAGAAUUCGCCAAGCUUAAUGAGUGUCCCUUAGAUCCAGGUGGCUACUUCAUUGUUAAAGGUGUAGAAAAAGUCAUUCUUAUUCAAGAGCAGUUAUCAAAAAACAGAAUAAUUGUGGAAGCAGACAGAAAAGGGACUGUUGGUGCAUCUGUUACCAGUUCUACUCAUGAAAAGAAAAGCAGGACAAAUAUAACUGUGAAGCAAGGAAGAUUUUAUCUGAAGCAUAAUACCCUGUCUGAAGAUAUCCCCAUUGCUAUUAUCUUUAAGGCCAUGGGUGUCGAGAGUGACCAAGAGAUUGUACAGAUGAUUGGUACAGAGGAGCAUGUGAUGGCUGCCUUUGCCCCCAGCUUGGAAGAGUGCCAGAAAGCUCAGAUUUUCACACAGAUGCAGGCAUUAAAAUAUUUGGGAAAUAAGGUCCGAAGGCAGAGAAUGUGGGGAGGACCCAGGAAAACCAAGAUGGAAGAAGCACGAGAACUGCUAGCAACAACAAUUCUUGCCCAUGUUCCGGUAAAGGAAUUCAAUUUCCGCUCCAAGUGUAUCUAUACAGCUGUGAUGGUGCGCAGAGUGAUUCUGGCCCAGGGGGACAACAAAGUGGAUGACAGAGACUAUUAUGGAAACAAACGGUUGGAGUUGGCAGGACAGCUUCUUUCUCUUUUGUUUGAAGAUUUAUUCAAAAAAUUUAACUCUGAACUGAAGAAGAUUGCUGAUCAAGUAAUUCCUAAGCAAAGGGCAGCCCAAUUUGAUGUUGUUAAGCAUAUGCGGCAAGAUCAAAUCACCAAUGGUAUGGUGAAUGCCAUCUCUACUGGUAAUUGGUCACUGAAGAGAUUCAAGAUGGAUCGUCAAGGUGUAACUCAAGUAUUGUCCCGCUUAUCAUAUAUAUCUGCUUUGGGAAUGAUGACAAGGAUCUCUUCUCAGUUUGAAAAGACAAGAAAAGUGAGCGGCCCUCGAUCUCUGCAGCCAUCUCAGUGGGGUAUGCUUUGCCCAUCAGAUACCCCUGAAGGAGAGGCCUGUGGCUUGGUUAAAAAUCUAGCAUUGAUGACCCACAUUACAACUGAUAUGGAAGAUGGCCCUAUUAUUAAAUUAGCUGGUAACCUGGGAGUAGAAGAUGUAAACCUUCUAUGUGGAGAAGAACUUUCGUAUCCCAAUGUGUUCCUUGUUUUCCUUAAUGGCAACAUUCUUGGUGUCAUUCGAGACCAUCAGAAACUGGUCUACACGUUUCGGUUGAUGCGUAGAGCUGGUUACAUCAAUGAAUUUGUUUCCAUUUCAACAAAUCUGACAGACAGAUGUGUGUAUAUUUCCUCUGAUGGAGGAAGGCUGUGCCGACCCUACAUUAUUGUAAAGAAGCAAACACCUGCAGUUACUGAGAAGCAUAUGGAAGAACUUGCUCAAGGUUAUAGGAAUUUUGAAGACUUCUUACAUGAAAGCCUUGUUGAAUAUCUGGAUGUAAAUGAGGAAAAUGAUUGUAAUGUUGCACUGUAUGAACAUACAAUUAAUAAGGAUACAACACAUCUAGAGAUCGAACCUUUCACUCUUCUUGGUGUAUGUGCUGGCCUUAUUCCUUACCCUCACCAUAACCAGUCCCCGAGAAACACUUACCAGUGUGCUAUGGGGAAGCAAGCUAUGGGUACCAUUGGAUACAAUCAAAGGAAUAGGAUAGAUACACUUAUGUAUCUGUUAGCCUAUCCACAAAGACCAAUGGUUAAGACAAAAACCAUAGAACUCAUAGACUUUGAGAAAUUGCCAGCUGGACAGAAUGCCACUGUUGCAGUGAUGAGUUAUAGUGGUUAUGAUAUUGAAGAUGCUCUUGUCCUAAAUAAAGCUUCUUUAGACAGAGGUUUUGGAAGGUGUCUUGUGUACAAGAAUGCUAAGUGUACUCUGAAACGUUACACCAACCAGACAUUUGACAAAGUGAUGGGGCCUAUGCUGGAUGCAGCUACACACAAGCCAAUCUGGCGGCAUGAAAUUUUAGAUGCUGAUGGCAUUUGCUCUCCAGGUGAAAAAGUAGAAAACAAACAGGUGCUUGUGAAUAAAUCAAUGCCAACUGUGACACAGACCCCUCUGGAAGGGAGCAGCGUACCCCAGCAACCACAAUAUAAAGAUGUUCCUGUAACUUACAAAGGUGCAACUGAUUCAUAUAUUGAAAAAGUCAUGAUAUCUUCAAAUGCAGAGGAUGCAUUUUUGAUAAAAAUAUUGCUAAGACAAACUAGACGUCCAGAAAUUGGAGACAAAUUUAGCAGUCGUCAUGGGCAAAAAGGAGUUUGUGGAUUGAUUGUUCCUCAGGAGGACAUGCCAUUUUGUGAUACGGGAAUCUGUCCUGAUAUUAUUAUGAAUCCCCAUGGCUUCCCAUCACGGAUGACGGUAGGGAAACUAAUUGAACUUCUGGCAGGAAAAGCUGGUGUCCUAGAUGGCAGAUUUCACUACGGAACAGCAUUUGGGGGCAGUAAAGUUAAAGAUGUGUGUGAAGAUCUUAUUCGUUAUGGCUAUAACUACUUGGGGAAGGACUAUGUAACAUCUGGCAUUACUGGGGAGCCGUUAGAAGCCUAUAUCUAUUUUGGACCUGUGUAUUAUCAGAAGCUGAAGCACAUGGUGUUGGAUAAGAUGCAUGCAAGAGCUCGAGGGCCCAGAGCUGUCCUUACCAGGCAACCCACAGAAGGCCGAUCCCGUGAUGGAGGUUUACGUCUAGGAGAGAUGGAAAGAGAUUGCCUGAUAGGCUAUGGAGCAAGCAUGCUCCUGCUGGAGAGACUUAUGAUUUCUAGUGAUGCAUUUGAAGUGGAUGUGUGUGGCCAAUGUGGAUUGCUAGGAUAUUCUGGCUGGUGCCAUUACUGCAAGUCAUCUUGUCAUGUGUCUUCCCUGCGCAUACCAUAUGCCUGUAAACUUUUAUUCCAAGAACUACAGUCUAUGAACAUUAUACCCAGAUUAAAAUUGGCCAAGUACAAUGAAUAAAUGAUCUGAGGAAUAAAGAGACAAAAGAACAAGUGGAAACAUAAUUGGGAAUGAUCUUAAAUGACAACAGAGGUGCUUAGACCAAUAAGUCCCUAAUUCCCUGUUGGUUUUCUCUUCCUUCUUUGACUGGGAUACAGUGCUGAAGAGAACAUUAGAAGCCACUGCUGCAAAGACUCUGGCUGUGUUUAUCUGUGGCAGUAUGAGAUACCCAUUCACCAGGACACUGUGACUCUGCAAGCUAAGGUUCCCCUUGAAAUGCAGGCAGGGAAGUACUGAUGAUCAUCCACAUUCAAUGGAUUGCUUCCUUUCUCAACAGGCCACCUAAAUACAUGCACAAAUGUUGAGUGCUAAAACAGUAUUGAGGUCAGUGGAAACGGUGGGGGGGGGGGGGCGUUAACUGAACAGUUUUAAUGGAAGCAUACUGUUGGCUAACUGCUAUUUCUCCAUUGUGUAUCAUUUUUUUUCCAAAAAAUAUUAGUGACCAUAAAUGGGAACAUGAAUAAAAAAUUCCAAGUAUA